AGUUGAUGUUUGUGUGUUGAUUGGAGAGGAAGCUGAAAAUUUGUGGCUGUUAUCAAAUAUCUUAACUGAAACAGAAUAAUAAAAUAAUAACAAUAAACAAAAUCAACUUGUCGUGCUUGGUUAUUACUAAAAGGAUAAAAGAAGAGAAAGAAAUAUUUGAGAAAUGGCUGAAGUUCCAGUAAAAGAAGUCGCUGAUCUUAAAAUCGAUACGACCCCCAAAGCAGCAGCGAGUAAUGGAUCAGCAAAACCUGCAACACCAGCUUCUCCAUCUCCUGCAGAAGGUGCUGGCAACAUAAAGGAACAGUUUAAAUUAUUUUCAAAGUUUGGCGAUGUAAAGUCAGACGGAAAGUUGAUAACAUUAUCUCAGAGCGACAAAUGGAUGAAGCAAGCAGGUGUCAUUGAUAAGAAAAUUACAACGACUGACACUGGAAUUCAUUUCAAGAAAUUGAAGUCAUUGAAAGUCUCAUAUGUUGAUUAUCAAAAGUUUUUGGAAGAUUUGGCUAAGACGAAGGGGGUUGAAUUGUCAGAGAUCAAAAGUAAAUUAGCAGGUUGUGGCGCACCAGGUUCCAACUCGGCUACAAAGGCCUCAGCCAAAACUGCCGAAACUGUAGCCCGACUAACUGACACUUCCAAAUAUACUGGCAGUCAUAAGCAACGUUUCGAUGAAACUGGCAAAGGCAAAGGCAUUGCUGGUCGUAAAGACAUUCCUGAUGGUAGCGGCUAUGUUGCUGGGUAUCAGCACAAAGAUUCGUACGACAAAACUCAUUAAACAACAAAAACAUUUCUAAGUGAUCAGUUCAUAAAAUUUUUUAAGUCUCGUAAUUUAAACAUUUCAAAUGAAACGAAUGAAUGAAUGAAAAAGAUUGAAGAUGAAGAUUUUGUUUCCCUUGAACUUGUAAAAGAAAAGAAAACUCUCUCUCUUCUGAUAGAGAGAAACUUUGAUAUUUUUACCAAAAAAAAUGCACAUUGAAUGAAUAACAGAAUAAUUAAAAUCAUUUCUAAUGAACCAACAAACCUGCCAACAUGAUAGUAUGUUACCUUUUUGUGUCAUUAAAUCAAAUCAAAACUGAAGUUAAAUGGAUUUCACGUUUAUUGCUUAACGUGUUACACUUAUUCAAGCUUUUCGCGAGAUAAAAUUUAACAUAGAUAAGUAAUUAUCAUCAUCAUGUAGCAUUUUCAACAACCAGCUUCAUAGCGCAUUAAUAGUUGAACCUUUUAAUUUCCCAUCUAAAUGGCUAAGUUAUUCAAGGGUUGAAGUUUUGUUUUGUAAUUUUUUAAUUCACUUGUUAAUUUGUAGAUUUAUCUUUAUUGUUAAUCGUGAAACUCGUGUUAGAAACGUGCCACUUUAUUAACACCGGCAACAAUUUAAUUUCAUGUUUCAUUAGUUUUCAUAUUUUAACUUCUUCUUCCAAAAUGUUAGCGUUGUGUUCAAAACAAUGCAAUGUCACUGUUCAAAUUGAAGCUUGAAUCAUUUUCAAUAGUUCAGCAAAACAUAAUUUUUGUAGUUUUAAAUUUAUUUCGAAGAAAAUCUGUAAUUUUCAAGCCUCUUCUUUUUUCAUGAAAAUAAAGUGUAUUUAUAUAUUUGGAAAGUGAAUUAAUGAAAUCGUUUCGAGUGAAAGUGAAGUAAUUAAAUUUCAGAUUCAUCAUUGAAAAAUUUCAAGCCUGUAAAUAAAUUUAAUAAAACAAAAAUGUGUUUUGAUUUAAGAC